AUGCUGAACACCAUGUUUGGGCUGCAGUUUGCAGUGAGUGCUGGCAGGUGCACCAAAGGUGCCUUCAUGCAGCUGCUCAAAGUAUCAGAGGAGAUGAAGAAAGACUUGAAGUUUGACUAUGUUGUAGUGGUAAACACUGAAGGACUGCGUGCUCUUGAGGUAGAAGGUAACAACACUCUUCAUCAUGGCAAAGAACUGGCAACAUUUGUUGUUGGUCUGGGAAAUCUGACACUGAUCAAUGUUGUUGGAGAGAAUCUGUCUAAUAUGCAGGACAUCCUGCAGAUUGUUGUUCAGGCUUUCAUGAGGAUGAAGGAAGUUAAACUUUCUCCCAGUUGUGUGUUUGUUCACCAGAAUGUCACAGAUGUUGCAGCAGCAGAGAAAAAAAUGGAUGAAAAGAGACGCCUGCAGGAAAAACUGGACCACAUGGCCAAACUAGCAGCCAAAGAGGAGGUUUAUGAUGCAGAGUGCUUCAGUGAUGUCAUUGAUUUUGAUGUUCAGAAAGAUGUGAAAUACUGUGCCCAGCUGUGGGAGGGCAGUCCACCCAUGGCUCCUCCAAAUCCAGGUUACAGUGAGAGCAUCCAGGAAGUGAAGAACACCAUCCUCUCUAAAGCUUCAAAGUCUGCUGGGAUCACUCUCUCACAGUUCAAAACAAAGAUUCAGGACCUGUGGACUGCACUGCUGAAUGAAAGUUUUGUUUUCAGUUUUAAAAACACACUUGAAAUUGCAGUGUACAGACAACUGGAAGUCCAGUAUGGGAGCUGGACCUGGACCCUGAGGAGCAACAUGUUGACCAUUGAAAACCAACUUCAUAACAGAAUUGAAAAUGGAAAACUUGAUGAGGUUGAACGGUCUUAUCUUUUUAACGAAACACGUAAAACAUAUGAAGAAGUCAGAAAAGAAAUGACAAAGUACUUUGAAGAUGACAGAGAGAAAGAGAUCUUGGCUCAGUGGAGAGGACGAUUUGAAAUCAAAAUGAAAGACUUUCAUGAUGAACAGGUGAACAAAGUAAAAAGAAAACUGGACGGAGUUAUCCAGCAGAAGAAAGCUUGUAAAAAACUGGAUGAGAAAAAAUCAGAGUUUGAGAACAAACUGCUACAGAAGAGCAAAGAGCUCACUCAGCAGCUGAAGGAUAAGGCUAAAGAUGAAGAAGAGCUUCAACGACAGUUCAGCUCUGUUUGGAGCGGCUGGGUUACUGAAUUAACAGCAGAUACAAAACCUGUUGAAGAAAUUAACUUGGAAAAAGAUCAGUUAACGAUCCUUCAAGAACUUGGUUUUGAGCCAACUCUCAUAGAUGAAUGUAAAAGAAGUGGCAGAUACAAGAAAUUAUCAGACGUUGGUGAUUAUUCAGUUUAUAUCAAGACAGGUGGUAAUCUGUUGAUUAGUUUUAUACAAAAACAUAUUUCAAGUGGUUUCUCCCAUGAAGAACAACAACAGAUCAGAUCGCUCAUUGUCCAAGCUGAAAAAGAGUCACUUCAUGCAAUCCAAAGCAAACCUGUAGUUACAACAGGCUACUCAACAACUUAUUUGCAUGAAGUGGCCAAUCAUGUAACAUUAGAAUUGCAGAAAUUUCUGUCAGAGAAGGAAUACACCUUGAGGAAGGAGUUUAGAGUUGAUCUCUUGCUUCAUGUGUUCUGCAGGGCAGAGAGUUGGCUUCUAGAGUCACAGAAAAAAUUUGUAAAGAAUAAUGAUGCAAAGGCCUAUUUAGAAAGCAAGCAAACACAGUAUUACAGAGUCUUUAGAAGCUUUUGUAAAGAAAACUGUUUUGCUGUUGUGCUUGGAGAACUAAUCUGUGAGAAGCUGACAGCUUCUACUGUUGAGGCUGUCUGUAACAAGACUGCCAUUGAUCUCGCUGGAAGGAUGAGGUGUAAUUUCCCAGCAUUCAAUGGGAACAGACUGAACUUGGAGAAACAUGUGUUGAAGUCACUCGCUGAGAAAGAAAACUUUUAUGAUUUCAUCACUUACAUCACAAAUCCAAGGAAACAAAUGGAAGCUUUCAUUAAAGCAGAAGUUGAGAAGCACAUCUUCAGAGAUCACAAAGAUGAAGCUGUGAAUAUACUCAAGAAAAAUGUUGAUGACAUCGAAACAACUGUGAGUCAGGCUUUAUUUACUGCAACACAAAAAGUCCAUACUCAAAAGGGAGACACAGAUAUGUGGCUGAAUGAAUUUUCUAACAUCCUAAAGGAUGAGCUGACAAUAGACAACAUUUUUUCUGAAAACUUCAGCGACAUAAAAGAUUUUCACUUUCUCAAGGAAGAGAUACAGAAAGGAUUUAAAUCCAUCACUGAGAAGAUGAGCAGCCUCUCCCUGGAUAAGCUGAAGGAAUCCAGGCAUAAGCCUGAAGAAAUCCUCAUAGAUCAGCUUUGUAACUGCUGCUGGGUAACGUGUCCAUUCUGUGCAGCUGUUUGUACCAACACCAUGAAAGAUCACAGUCCUGAUGACCACAGCACUCCUUUUCAUCGACCUGGUGGGAUAAAGGGAUAUUACUAUAGAAAAACUAAAGAGCUCUGCGUCACUGUCUGCACAACAAUUGUUACAAGUGAAGGAUGUUUUUACAAUAGCUCAGAGAAAUACAUUCCCUACAAACAGUACAGAACUGCUGGUCCACCGUAUGAUACCUGGAGCAUCACACCUGAUGGGUCUAAACUGGCAUAUUGGAAAUGGUUUGUUUGUCAAUUUAAAACACAACUGGAAGAGCACUAUGAGAAAAACUUCAUGGGCAGAGGAGCUAUUCCAGAUCUAUGGAAAAAAAUAUCUAAAGAUGAAGCCAUUAAAAGUCUGGAUGAAAUGUUUUAAUGAGUCAAAGAAACUGCAAAUCUGCUGAAAAUGUUGAUACUUGUUUUCACCUAAUAACUCGUGAAUCCAGCUGUGACAGUCUGAUUUUUGUCUGAGUGAGAAGGAAAAAGGAAAUUCUAUAAAUUAUUAACAUGAAGAUGUUAUGAGUGACUAUAAGUGAAUUCGCAAAAAGUACAAAGUGAAAAACAAAAGUCACAUUCUCAGUGUUGUGUCUAUCUAGGCUUUCAGAGUGUUUUCCAGAUAAAUACAUUUUUAACCUAAUUUUGUUAAUUAGCAUAUCAUUCACCUGUUUAUAACAAAGAUUUUUUGUUUAUCAAAUAGUCAAAAAAUGUAAGGAAACUAAAUCAUAAAACUGCUCCUCAAACAAGUGUUAACACUCUUUGAUCAUUAAUUUCAAACAUUGCAUCUGAAACCACAACAAAAACAUCGUCUUUUGUAAUUGAGUGGUGUAAUUUUCAGUUUUAGAUUCAAUGUUUAAGUUGAAGUUUAUUCUCACAGAUAUAUGAUUUGAGAUCUGUUUGACUGUCUUAUGCUAAUUUCAUCUAAACCUGUUAUAUCCACACUGAAUUUUGUUUAACUCGACUUUCAUUUCAUCUCAGCUCUUUUUUUGUCUCAGCACUGGAAUGAUUUUUUUAAUUCUUUGUUAGCAUGUUUAGUCAAGUGAAAAAUUACAACUGUCAACAGUUUGAAACCUUUUUGCUUUCUAUGUCUUAAAUAAUAAAAUAGUUUAUGCUUCA